UGUCUUUUUCUUCUGUUUCCCUCCUCGCUCAAUUCCCCCGCCCCCACCCCCUGAACACUCGAUUGCUCAUACACAACGCGCGCCACCCAUGGAGAGCAGCGAGCAGGGCGACGUGUCUGCGGCGUCAUUCUCGCGCUCGGCGGUCGGCAGUGUGCCACUUGCGGAAAUGCAGUACGCCCGUCGCCAGAGCCGCUUUGCCAAGUUCCGUCUGCUCAUGUGGAAGAACUGGACGAUCAAGCGCCGACGCCCGUUCGCCACGCUGGUCGAAAUCUCGCUCCCGCUCUUCCUCUUCAUCAUUCUCGUGCUUGUGCGCCAUCGCCGCCUCCCCGAGCAGCACGGCAUCUUAAACUACUCGCCGGAAUGCAUGCUCUCAAACGGCCUCUCCUGCACAAUGACCCUCACGAACAACACUUUAUUCACCCGGCGCGACGUGGAUUCUCAUGAAACGGACGACGAAAUAGCACGGCAGUUGGCCCUGAAACGGCUCAUAGAGCUUUUUGAAUUCAAUACCCCAAAAGCGCAUCAAACCACUUUUGAUGAAGAUGUUUCUCCAACCAUGUUCGGGACCAUAGCCGACUCUGUUGUUGGGCAGUACUCUGCGGAUCCUUUGCCGACUGCCCAGGCACCGGAGCGAGGUCGGCGAGCCAAUCUCGUCGAGAUUCUCUUGAGCAAGCGCAUCAUCUACGCGCCGAAGGGUGGUGAUAGCGACAUUCUCAUCCAGUACAUCAAGCAGGAUAUCGUCCAAUCAUUUGGCUCCUACUUUCCCGUGUCCUUCCUGGAUCCGAUGUUUGUCGGAUACGACACUGAGGCGGAGCUCGUCGAACGCGCUGUGGGAAACUUUGAUGUUGUGUGUGGCUACGCCCUUCGAGCGAUGAACACUUCGAUUCCUGGCCAGCCCCGGUUGUCUCGCAACCCCGGUGAAGUCAAAUGGGCGCUUCGUGUUCUCCCCGACCAGACGCCAAGCACGGCGCGCAGUAUGACCGAAGUCCGCACUUCUCCUUCCGGCACAGACACCUAUGCGACUCGCGGCUUUAUCUUUUUCCAGAAUUACAUGGAGCGCGCAUUGACGCGGUUCUUGAGCCAGAAGACGCUUCCCUACACGAACGUCUACAUGAAUCGCUUUUCCUUUCCUCCGUACACAUCGGAUGGCUUUGCGGGCGCUAUCGCAACAACCUUCCCGCUGCUGAUGACGCUUUCAUUCGUCUACUCUGUGUCCAUGCUUGUGAAAAGCAUUGUUUACGAGAAGGAACAGCGCCUUAAGGAGAUCAUGAAGAUGAUGGGCUUGAGCGCUGGCGUCUACUGGUCCAGCUGGUAUCUCUCCAGUCUGAUCAUGAUGACCAUUUCCGUCGCGUUGGCUUGCUUCACCAUCUUUGCGGGCACCGUGCUCGCGCACUCUUCGCCGAGCUUGACAUUUGUUUUCAUGAUGUGCUUUGUCCUCUCCACCAUCUCCUUGACCUUCUUGAUCAGCGUCUUCUUCUCGCGUGCCCGCCUCGCCGCUGCCUGCGCCGGUAUCAUCUACUUUAUGACUUACUUGCCAUACGUGCUGGUUCAACGCAACUCGCUCAUUUUGAGCCGUGGGAUCAAGUUCUUUGCCUGUCUGUGCUCCACAACAGCAUUUGGCGUCGGCGCCACGUACUUGGCAGAGUACGAACGCCGUGGCGAUUCUAUCGACUGGAACACGUAUAACAUUGUUGAGUUUGGCGACAACUUUACCUUCCGUGACGCCAUGCUCAUGAUGGUCGUGGACGCCAUCCUCUACCUCACGCUCGCCUGGUAUAUUGAAGGUGUCGCGCCGGGCAAGUACGGUGUGCCGCGCCCGUGGAAUUUUCCAUUCACGGCCUCGUACUGGCGAGGCAACACGGCCGGAGAGGCGGCUCCGUCCUCGACAAGCGUCUUUUCCCGCUGGUGGGCUCGCGUGUCAAACCGCUCGCGCGACCCCUGGAACAUUCAAACGGAUUUGGAUGGCGGCCAUGAUGGCGUUGAUGUGGACUCGCUCACUACCGCCGCAGCCAACAACCUGGAACCCGAGGACUGUGAGGCAGAGCCGAAGGGGCUUCGGAAGGGAGUGGACAUUCGCCGCCUGCGCAAGGUCUACGAAAACGGCAAGGUUGCCUUGAAAAACCUCACCCUGCGCAUCUACGAAGACCAAGUGACGGCGCUGCUGGGCCACAACGGCGCUGGCAAAACCACCACCAUGUCCAUUCUCACGGGUCUCUUCCAGCCGACAUCCGGCACCGCCUUGGUCAACGGCUUUGACAUCCAGACCCAAAUCGACGGCGUUCGCCAAAGCCUUGGUAUCUGCCCCCAGUACAAUGUGUUGUUUGACUACCUGAGCGUGCGCGAUCACAUGGAGUUUUACUCUGCCCUGAAAGGCGUGGAAAAGUCGUACAUCAAGGCCGACGUGGAUGCCAUGCUCAAGAGUGUUGGUCUCGUGGACAAGGAGCACUCCCUCGCUGGAACCUUGUCGGGCGGCAUGAAGCGCAAGCUCUCGGUUGCGAUCGCGUUCAUUGGCGGAUCCAAGACGGUCAUUCUCGACGAACCGACUGCAGGCGUCGACCCGUAUGCGCGUCGUGCCAUUUGGGACUUGGUGAUUCGCCACAAGGCAGGCCGCUCCAUCAUUCUCUCGACGCACUACAUGGAAGAGGCCGAUCUGCUGGCAGAUCGCAUCGCCAUUGUAGCUGACGGUCAACUGCGCUGCGUUGGUGCCUCGCUUUUCUUGAAGAAGCGCUUUGGCAUUGGCUACCACAUGACGCUUGUCAAGCGGUCGGACGCGACCAAGGAGAGCGACGUCACCGCCUUCCUGCGCUCGUUCGUUCCGAAGGUCAAUCUUACGGGCGACAUUGGUGCAGAGCUCUCGUACACCCUGCCUUCCGAUCAGUCGAGCGUCUUCCCGGCCCUGUUUGCCGCCCUUGAAGCCAGGCUUGCGGAACUUGGCAUUUCCAGCUAUGGUGUCGGCGUGACAACGCUCGAGGAGGUGUUUUUGCGCGUUGGAGACUUGCACGAAGAGGAGCAAGCUGCGGCAGACGAGGAAGAGUCGGACAAAGUGGCCGGAUCGACGACUCGAUCGCGAAAGAGCCACAUGGCGCUGCCACAAGGGAGCAAUGGCGCAACUCCCCGCGAAGCCAACGGUCGGCUUGAGUUUGUCUCGGACGAGGAUGACCUGGCCGUCGAUCAUGGCGAUGACGCGUACGAAACUCACACCAACGGACACGGAAUGGGCGCGUACCGGACCAACGACGACGCCUUUGCCAUCCAGCUCGACAGCCUCGAAACCGGUGCCUCUGCUGCUUCACGUUCGCGGUCGCGAUCGGCGUCCUUGGCCGCACCGGCGACGACGACUGCUGCCUCUGGUGGCCCAACCAAGAAGAGUGCUAAUCGCGGAGACAAGGGCUCGGCCAAGGGCGGCAUGCGCCUCGCGCGCGAUUUUGAGAAUGAGGUCGACAUGGCCAGCGUCAACCAUGUGGUCGUGUCUGGUCUCGCUCUUCGUCUUCAGCAACUCGUAGCCAUGAUUAUCAAGCGCUUGCACCACGCUAAACGUGACAAGAAGGCUGUGGCGUCGCAGCUGUUCGUUCCUGCUGCCUUCAUCUGCAUUGCCAUGGCCAUUGCACUCAUUUACCCUCCUCCCACCGACCUUCCGCCGUUGACUCUGGACACGGCCCUGAUCGACCGCAGCGGCAACAUGAUGAUGUAUGGAACGUUCGGACCCAACUGCCAACCCUACGCAAACAAUUUCUUCCAGCAUCUCCUGCCCAUUGUGCACCACAUCGACAGCUACCGCAACAUGACAGACACGGACAUGCAAGGCUAUGUAAUGGCCAACAACUAUCAGAUGCAGCGCUCGAGCUAUGGUGGCUUCACCUUUAACAACUCGGCGCCCAUCCCUGGCCUCGUCAUGGCCAACUCGACCGUUUGGUAUCGUGGCGAGUUCCGUCACGGCAUUGCCACAAUGCUCAACCGCUACCACAACGCCCUGCUGGGUAUGCUUGUCAACGCCGAGUCGUACCAAAUUGUCACCAUCAACCAUGCGUGGCCUACCACCGCCCAAGACAAGGCCAACGAGUACAGGCGACAAGGCACUGACCUCGUUGUCGGCAUCUUUAUCAUGAUUGCGUUCGCCUUCGUUCCGGCCAGCUUUGUCUUGUACGUCGUGUCCGAGCGACAGUCCAAGUCCAAGCACAUGCAGUUUGUCAGCGGCGUCAACUCGGCGAGCUACUGGAUUGCCACUUUCGUCUGGGACUUGUUCACCUUCAUGUUCCCCAUCUUGGUGGCCCUCAUCAUCUUUGUGGCCUUCAACGACGAAGCGUACUCUGGCGUGAACUUUACGGCGGUGGCCAUUCUCUUCCUCCUGUAUGCCUGGUCCAUGACGCCGCUCAUGUAUUGCUUGUCGUACCUGUUUGAAGUCCCUCCCACCGCGUAUGUGACGCUGAUCUGCGUCAAUCUCAUCACUGGCAUCACGAGUGUGAUUGCGACGUUCAUGCUCGAUCUCUUCCCGGACGACCCCGAGCUGCUCGCCAUCAACGACAUUCUCAAGGUCGCGUUCUUGCUCUUGCCAAACUACUGCAUGGGCCGCGGCAUCAUGGAUCUUGCCAUCAACCAGCUCAUCAAUCAGUACUUGGCCACCAUUGGCCAAAGCCGAUUCGCCGACCCGCUUUCCUGGGAUGUCGUUGGCAAGAAUGUUCUCUGCAUGACGAUCGAGGGCUUUGUCUUUUUCGCGCUCGUCCUCAUCAUCGAGCGCACUUCUGUUUCGCCCGUCUAUCACCGCCUUGUUGUUCGUCUUGGCGAUGCCAAGCGGAAUGCUGGCUUGUGGUUGCGCAGGGUGUUCAGUCGCCGCCAGGAAGGGCACGCGUACAGCAUUGCCAGCACCGGCGAAGGCGAGAGUCGUGUUGCGCCUGCUCGAGGCCGCAAGGGCUUGCUCAACAUUACUGACACCGAAGACGUGGACGACAACGAUGACAACGACCUGCCCCAGUAUGUGCGCGACCUGAACGCUCAAUCUGCUCGACAAGGCAAUGGGCACAGCGCCAGCAGUGCUCAUGUAGAAUUGCAGUCGGUGGGUACGACGCCCCAAGCCGAGUCAUUUGGCAUUCUCACGCACGAUCCGGAAGGUAUCGCCAUGAUUGUCGAGGACGACGAUGUCAUCCAGGAACGCCGCCGCGUGCUUGCACUCCCGAUCGAGAAAUUCACCCUGCAGGACCGCGAGCGGGAGCAGCAACAACUGCGCAAAGCCACGCGACGAGCGCAGCGCGCUGCUCACACCCACCAUGUGGACAUUGAAACCCCUGCCGCUCAAGCUCAGCGCGACAUUAUGAUUGUGAAGGAGCUCGGCAAGACCUUCCGUCAAGGCGAUAACGUCAAAGUCGCCGUCGAUCAUCUUUCUGUUGGCAUCAAGACUGGCGAGUGCUUUGGGCUUUUGGGCGUCAACGGCGCCGGCAAGACAACCACCUUCCGCAUGCUGACUGGCGAUUGUAAUCCUACCAUUGGCGAUGCGUUCCUCGACGGUUAUAGUAUUUACCGCGAGCAAAUCGAUGUCCGCCAACGCAUUGGAUACUGCCCCCAGUUUGAUGCACUGAACGAGCUCUUGACCGCCCGAGAGCUCUUGUUCAUGUACGCACGCCUUCGCGGAUUGCUCGAGCCGCACAUUCCGAAGGUGGUCGAUUGGUGCAUUCGAAAGCUGCAGCUGGACAAGUAUGCCGACCGCCCUUGCGGCACAUACUCUGGCGGUAACAAGCGCAAGCUGUCGACGGCGAUCGCGCUUGUCGGCAAUCCUGCCGUCAUUUUCAUGGACGAGCCCACCACGGGCAUGGACCCGAAGGCACGUCGCUUCCUGUGGGAUGUCAUUUCGAGUCUCAUGAUGAACGGACGGUGCAUUGUCUUUACGUCGCACUCGAUGGAGGAGUGCGAGGCGCUCUGCACCCGCAUGGCCAUCAUGGUGAAUGGCAAGUUCCGUUGCAUGGGCAGCGCGCAGCAUCUCAAGAGCCAGUACGGCGUGGGCUACACUCUCAUCAUCAAGCUUCGAGAAGGCGCGCAAAACAAGCUCGCAGAACUCAAGCAAUAUAUUGUAGACAGCUUCCCAGACGCGCGCUUGAAAGAGGAGCACAAUACGCUUGUGCAGUACCAGCUUCCAAGCGCCAACUCGACGUCGUCAAACUCGGCCCAGAGCUCGGUGUCGCUCGCCUCCAUCUUUUCCCGCAUGGAGGACAAGCGCGACUCUUUGGAGAUCGAAGACUACUCUGUCAAUCAAACGACGCUCGAGCAGGUUUUCGUCGGGUUUGCGCGUUUCCAGGAGGGAGGUGCACAGCCGUAAUCCCUGCCUUUGUUUGUUUGUUUUUUUGUGUGUUGUUUGUUUGUUUUCGUUGGUUUAUUUGCUAGUUUCCUUGUAGCAGAACUUUGAUGAUAUGUGACUUGUUGAUUGUGUUGUGUGAUGUUUUCGUGUACUCUUGUAUUUUCUGAACAAUGU